GGGGGCGGUGCUGCGCCAUUGUUGGCGAUAACCUUACCGCUGAGCCCGGUGCUCCGCCGCUCAGAGAGGUAGAGACUCUCCGAGAGGACUGACGCGUGCUAGCCGGGCAGAUACCAAAUCUCAACAGCCAUGUCUAAACAACACGAUGCCUUCAUCCAGACCCAACAGUUGCAUGCUGCUAUGGCAGACACAUUUCUGGAACAUAUGUGCCGUCUGGACAUUGACUCUCCCCCAAUUACUGCAAGAAACACUGGCAUUAUCUGCACAAUUGGCCCGGCUUCUCGGUCAGUGGAAAUCCUAAAAGAAAUGAUUAAAUCUGGAAUGAAUGUUGCUCGUCUCAACUUCUCUCAUGGAACGCAUGAGUACCACGCAGGAACAAUUAAGAACGUACGAGAAGCUACUGAGAGUUUUGCUUCUGAUCCUAUUUCGUACAGACCUGUUGCUGUUGCACUGGAUACUAAGGGACCUGAAAUUCGAACUGGACUCAUCAAGGGUAGUGGUACAGCAGAAGUGGAGCUUAAGAAAGGUGCACCGUUGAAAGUCACCCUGGACAAUGCCUAUAUGGAGAAAUGUGAUGAAAACAUACUCUGGGUAGACUACAAGAAUCUCAUCAAAGUUGUGAACAUUGGCAGCAAAAUCUUUGUAGAUGAUGGUCUUAUUUCCCUGCAAGUUAAGGAGAAAGGUGCUGAUUUUAUCAUCACUGAAGUUGAAAAUGGUGGGAUGCUAGGCAGCAAGAAAGGUGUAAACCUCCCAGGUGCUGCAGUAGACCUUCCUGCUGUUUCCGAGAAGGACAUCCAGGAUCUAAAAUUUGGUGUGGAGCAGGACGUAGACAUGGUGUUUGCUUCCUUCAUCCGAAAGGCAGCUGAUGUUCAUGCUGUCAGGAAGGUGCUGGGAGAAAAGGGGAAGCACAUCAAGAUAAUAAGCAAGAUAGAAAACCACGAGGGUGUACGUAGGUUUGAUGAGAUCAUGGAGGCUAGUGAUGGCAUCAUGGUAGCUCGUGGUGAUCUUGGUAUAGAGAUUCCUGGUGAAAAAGUCUUCCUGGCCCAGAAAAUGAUGAUUGGUCGAUGCAAUAGGGCAGGCAAGCCCAUCAUCUGUGCUACUCAGAUGUUGGAGAGCAUGAUUAAGAAACCACGGCCAACACGCGCAGAGGGGAGUGACGUAGCUAAUGCUGUCCUGGAUGGAGCUGACUGUAUUAUGCUCUCUGGAGAGACUGCCAAAGGAGACUACCCUCUGGAGGCUGUCCGCAUGCAGCAUCUUAUUGCUCGCGAGGCUGAGGCUGCAAUCUAUCACCGUCAGCUGUUUGAAGAACUUUUCCGCCUCACUGCUUACAACAGGGACCCUCUUGAUGCCAUGGCUGUAGGCGCUGUGGAGGCCUCUUUUAAGUGCUUAGCUGCAGCUGUGAUAGUUUUGACAGAGUCUGGCAGGUCAGCUCACCUGGUGUCAAGGUACCGUCCACGUGCUCCUAUCAUUGCUGUGACCCGUAAUGCUCAGACAGCACGCCAGGCCCAUCUGUACCGUGGCAUUUUCCCUGUGCUGUGCAAAGAGCCAACCCAUGAUGCCUGGGCUGAAGAUGUUGACCUCCGAGUUAAUGUGGGCAUGAAUGUUGGUAAAGCUCGUGGAUUCUUCAAGAGUGGUGAUCUGGUCAUAGUGCUUACAGGAUGGCGUCCUGGGUCCGGCUACACCAACACCAUGCGUGUGGUGCCAGUUCCAUAAAAUCAAACCCAGCAACCUCAUCCCUCUGUCUCGCCACCUUCCCCUUGCAUUAGACCAGCAAUUGCUUGCAGUAUCGUUCUUGCCUGUAGAGUGGAUAGAAUCUGCCAAAAGCCAUCAAGUGCAGUAAUUGGGGGAAGAGAGACUACGUCUAGAAAUACUUGAAAUAGUUUUCUGAUAAUCAGAACCCCUCCCCAGACUGCCCUGCCUUACUUGUUGGGUACCAGCAUAAAAUUGUCUAGCAUGGCAGCUUGGGCUACCCAGCGUUUCUUCUUGCAGCUCUCUGGAGUUCAAAGAAACAGGAGGGCCCUUGUCUGUCUGACUGGUAAGGCAUUUUAUGCAGUGGUCAUACCUGCCAGGCUCCCUUCUCCCAAAGCCUCUUUUCUGUAGGUCUGUAUGUCAGGUCUCCACCAUGACACUCCGAAUUAGGAGCUACCCUAGAUCAUAGCUCUACCCUUUGUAGCAUCUCGCUUAGUCUUGCUGUGUCCCUGUGGGCACACAGGUUUUGUGGUACACUGUAACCUAAACUCUACAACACAAAUCACUUGGAUAUCUAAAUGUACACUCCAAUAGGUGGUGACAGCAGUACUUGCUUGCUCCUUUAACUUCCAGAAAACCUGACUUUUCAACUGUGCUGCUAUGUUUUAUUGCCAGCACAACUUUGCUCCAAAUGUCUGCUCAGAUACAGAUUACUUCAGAUUUGAUAAAAUGGAAAGAGUUUAAAAUGGUUAAGUUCAUGUAUGGAGCUUAAAGAGCUGAGCAGUGCUGUCAAAACUGUUUUACCUGAUGCACUCUCCACAUCUCAAGCUGCUAAAGAAUUGCUUGUGCACCUGUUGCAGUGUUGUGUUUUUGUGUUCAAGUUGAGUUGUGUUUCCUGAGAGCGCUGUCCUCUAUAAAUCAGGAUAAUUUACCUACUGUAACAGGUGUAUCAGGUUGUAGAGUACAACUUCGUACGUCAAUAAAGCAGAGCUCACAUACCUA